AUGCCAUCAGCAGCAGCUCAUAUUGACAAAGAGAUAUGGCUUUCAACAACAUCAACAUCUUUAAAACGACUUGAAAAUGUAAAACCAAUAACUGUUCGAUGUAUGCAUCAAUUAGAUGAAGCGAAACAGAGUGAAAUUGUUCAAGAAAAGUCUGAAAAUGAAAAUGAGAAAUCAAAAGAUGAACAACCAACAGCGGCGAUGAUCACGAUUGUUCCAUCUUCUAAAAAACAACAGUAUCUAAAACGUCGACCGUCUAGCGUUAUGAGUAAUCCAAAAUUAGAACAAAAAAAGUUGACUAAUCGUCCACAAAGUGCAUCGAAAUUGAAUUUUAUCGAUGAUAUGGUUACUAAACCGCCUACCACAUUACUUGUUCGACAUUUAGCAAUUUUACCAAGUUCUAAACAACAACAAAUAAAUCAUUUACCAACGGCAAAAAGAGUAAAUCUGUCAGAUACAUUUACAAAAGCUGAUGUACCACCCCCGACUCCUAACGUUGGUCUGUCGUUUGAUACACCGAUAGUUAAUUCAAAUGUUCAAAAUAUUUUUAUUGAUAUGACACAAUGUAUGAUAGCUCCAAGGAGUAGUCUUGAAACUACAGUCAUAAUCGAUGAGGAUACAAAUCAUAUUAAUAUUGAUGAAAACGAUGAUGAAUUUCAGAAUGUUGAUAAUCUAAAUAAUACAAAUUCUACUACAUGUGAAUUGAUCGAUCAUGCCAAAGUUCUUCCACAAUUUCAACUAAUUGAUCGUAAACCACGUUCAUUAAUUAAUAAUCGCUUUGCAGCUAGUGACAAAUCAAAAUUACAAUGUUUAUCAGAAGCACAUGUUCAAUCUGAUUAUGCUCGUGAUAAAAUAUCAAAUUUAUCAAAAGUAACUGUUUGUUAUGGUGACGAAAAUGCUAUUAGUAAAAAUCAACAAUAUGCACGAGAAUUCUAUCAACAAUUAGUUAAAAUAAAACAAGAUCCCGCAUUUAAAAUUGAAUCAUUACCAUUGUCAAUACCAACAAAAAUUGAACAAAAAUUAAAUGAACUGGAAAAUGAUAACGUCAAUAGUGAACAAAAUCAAAUAGAUGAGCAAAAAAAAUCAGCAUUAAAAGUAACAAAAACAUUGGAAUUUAUUAACGGUGAAGUUAAAGAAAAAACUGAAAAAAUUGAUUUAAGAGUCAAAAGUGCACCAACGAAAACUAGUGGUAGAAUAAUCAAAGAGAAAACAGAUGACGAUAUUUUUCAUCAAAAACAAUUUCUGUUAAAAUUGAAAGAACAACCUCAACGGAUUAUGUCAGCACCGCCACCACAGCAAACAUUGUCAUCAACAAAAAUUGUUAAAACACGAAUGAAUACGAAUAAAAAAUUACCUAACAACAGUAAUUGUGAAAACUGUGUUACUAAAAAACCAUUGGUCAAGACAAAACCUAUAACAACAAAACAAACAACGACAUAUUGUCGUCAACGCAGUGCAAGUGUACAAUUAGAUGUUCCCAAAACAAAAUCACCGACAGAAAACCACAUUGCUAAAGAUGUGAUAAAUAUUCAUAUUAAUGGUCCAGAAAUCACAUUAUUACCGGCUGAUGAACAGACUGUUCAAGAAAUGUAUCAUAAACUGCAACAAUUACAGCCAGAUGGUGUUUGCGUUGAAUUAAAUACACUAAGACGAGCGUUAUAUCCACCAACAGUUCAAAAUUGUUUAAUAACAAAUCAUAAUGAGGAAAAAUCAUCAGUAAAACGACCUCCCAAACAUCCGCCAAAACGAUGGACUAAUGCUGAUGAUGAAUUAUCGAAUAAAUAUGAAGUCAAAUUACAAAAUUCCCAAAAUGGUAAUUGUGAGGAAAAAUCGAAACGCGAUGAAAUUGAACGUAAGAAAUUAGAAAAUCUCGAUCAAAUAUAUCAGCAAGUGAAGAAACAUGCAGAAAUUAAUUAUAGUUAUUAUACAAGAACGAAUAAAUAA